AUGGCAUCUGUGACAUCCUCCAGCCGCAGGUCCUCCUCGUCCUACCGCUCGUCGUCACGCUACAGCAGCUCCAGCUCCUACCGGUCCGAGGGCUCACUGGGUGGAUUAUCGGACUGUCUGGACCCGCUCUUUGAGCCCUUCCUUGACUCCCCUGAUCCUUCCAGUCUGUUUGGAGAGGAGGGCCCCGGGGGACCCAGCUGCUUGGCCCCCUUCAGCCGGCAGAACAGAUCCUCCUAUGGACAUGGUGCUCCUGUGUGUGGCGCUGUGACAGGUCGUCAGAGCGGCGCCGGCGGUGGGGUCCGUUGUCUUGGCGACAGUUACUACAUGUCCGCUGACGUCAGCCAGUUUGAGCCACAUGACAUCGUGCUCAUGGCCUACACACAUCAAGUCGUCAUUCACGCCGAGAAGGUAUUGGAUGAUGGCAGCAUCAGCAACACAUUCACCCAUAAGUCCUUGUUCCCGGAGGAUAUGGACCCCCUGUCGGUUAGUGGAACCCUAAACCUGGAAGGCACCCUCUUGGUGUGCGUCCGCCGGUCCUCAGCGCUCAGCGGGCCCGAGCCCCUGGGUGCUCCCACCUACCGCUGUGAAGCUAAUCUCUGA